CAGAGUAAAUUUGAUUGUAAUGCUGCUAUUAAUUUAAGUUUUAUUUUUAUGCUGUAAAGAAUGAUCGGGAAGUUUCGCAUAUGGAAUGUUUAAAAAAAGUCACAACAAAGUUAUUUUAAUAAGAAAAAUUAAUGCAUGAAUUAUUUAAAAUAGUUGGUGCAACUGUUCCUGUUAACUAAUCCAGGCACUUGGAAGGCAAUUACACUGAGCUUUGACAACAUUGCCAACCCACUGCACAGUGCCUUAUGCCAAAAACCAUUGUUGUUUUAUUGACCACGUUCACCAUUACAUAUGCAUAUGAAAAAACAGAGGCAUUUUCAUCGGGAUUACCCUAAUAGCAUUAAGAGAUUAUUUUUUAAAUUUCCUUGGAAGGAAAUUCACUUAAAUGAGAUUACUUAUUACUUGACUGGUUUCCUAUCGUGCUGCUAUGUUUAGGUAAGUGGAGUCCAUUAGAGUAUAAAGUUUUUUAAAAAACUGAUUUUAUACAUUAAUGAUUUCAAAUAAAAGAGAAGUACUAUAUUUGUGCACAGCUUCUUUUGAGAAAGUUAAGUCGAUGUUCUGGUUAGGAGAGAUAACACUUUUUGUCCCUCUUGGUGGCCCCCCUAGUGUCACCAUUAGUUGCUAAUUACUUGCAAACAAAUAAACAAUUAACUCCUCGUGCCUCUUGGUGGGAGAGUUUUCAUUGACAUGCUAAAACUUUCUAAUAAAAGAUUUUAAUUAAUGACGUUGCAAAUCCAACCCCCUUGUCAACAUAGCUAUAAGGAGGACUUGUGGAGAAAUGCAAGUACAGUAUAUGUGCUAUGCUGGCUGAAGGUGAAAGAAUGGCAAGUACAUCGCUAUGUGCUGCUAAUACAUCAGCGUCUCAGAACCUUCACACAGUGUCUGGUUUUGUAGAAAAUAAAACCACACAGUGCUCAUUUUCCAUUGAAAGUAUUUUGGGACUGGAGCAGAAAAAAGAUGGCAUUCCAGCUGUGAAACCUCACAGACCAUGGAUGGAAGCAUGCAGCAACUUGGUUUUAGGUGAUGACAGUAAUCCCCGUCUGCAAAUUCCUGUUGUUUGCUAUGAAAAUCCAUUAUUUCAUGCUAACAGUAAUCCAGUGCAAGAGGAAAAAGUUUUGAAAUGUGAAAAAUAUUUUUCAGUCACUGAAAGGCUGUCUUUCAAACGAGAAUUGAGCUGGUACAGGGGUAGAAGACCAAGAACUGCAUUCACUAGAAACCAGAUUGAAGUCUUGGAAAAUGUUUUUAAAAUGAACUCCUACCCUGGCAUUGAUAUUAGAGAAGAGCUAGCUCGCAAAUUAGAUUUAGAUGAAGACAGGAUCCAGAUCUGGUUCCAGAACCGUCGCGCAAAGCUGAAAAGAUCACACCGAGAAUCUCAGUUUCUAAUGGUGAAAAAUACUUUCACCUCCAGCCUGCUAGAGUAGAAGGAAGGAUGGUUUGCUGUUAUGGUACUACAGUAGAACGCGAAAAAUUACUGGAAUUUUCAUAACUUGUAUUAAGUAAUAAUGAUAUAUUAAUUAUGAUUUUAUCCCGAUUUUAUAGCUUAUCAUAAUUUUCAUUCGAAUAAACUGUAAAUACUUGAAGUAUUAUUAAAAUUUACUUUUCGUGGGAAAAGUGAACUUUUCCUAUAUAUUUUAAUAAGUAUUUCCAGAAAAGUUGAGAUAUUUUUGCAGUUUAAAAAAAAUCUAAUCUCUAGGUUGCAUGAGAUUUUCGCAAAUGUGAAUUACUGCAGCUUAACUGAAGAUGACGUAACAAAAUUUCAUGGUUUAAAAAAAAAAAUCUGUUUAAAGUCUGAAAUACACAAUAUGCAAAAUAGAUCUUGCUACCUGAAACAGAUUGCACGUUACAUUGGAGUUUAGUUUAUUUAUAAAGAGUAUGAUAGUUUUC